AUGGGCGCUGUCAUAUCAACAAUCCAGUCGACAACUUCGACCAUUUUAUACGGCCUCAAAAGCAUAUGGACUCUCCACAAACAAUUCUCGGCCGCCCUUGACCGGGCCUCAUCAGCACCAGGAUUUCCCGUGCCAAACCCGACAGACGCAUACUGGUUUGACAACCCGCCCUUCCCGGCACUAUGCGAUAUUCAAGAUGACAAGCUUCCUCAAGAAGCUGACGUUGUCAUUGUCGGAAGCGGCAUCACAGGUGCAGCGGUAGCAAAAUCACUUCUUGAACUUUCUGAUUCCAAAUUGAGAGUCGUGGUUUGUGAAGCGAGACAGAUAUGCAGUGGUGCGACAGGUAGAAAUGGUGGUCAUAUUAAGAGUUCGCCGUACAGCGAAUUCGCUAUGUUUAGUAAGAGACUUGGGCCAGAAGUUGCGAGCAAGGUUGUGAGGUUCAAGAGAAGUCAUUUGGAGAUGAUGAAGCAGGUUGGAGCGAAGAUUGGACAUGGCGGUGUUAGGGAGGUCGAGACAGUGGAUCUGUAUCUGGGCAAGGAGGAGUUUGAGGGUGCGAAGAAGCAGGUGGACGAGGCUAGAAAGUGGAUGCCCGAAGAAGAGCAUACAAUCUGGGAGGCUGAAGAGGCGAGGAGCAAGUUUGGUGUAAAUGAGCUUGUGGCAGGUGCUUUGUCUUACACGGCCGGAGCACUCUGGCCAUAUCGUCUUGUCACGGGCUUAUGGAAUGACCUGCUCGAGAGGUUCCCCGGACUGAGCAUCAACACUCAUACACCCGUUGAAGGCGUCACCAAAGCUGGGGACGGUUCUUACACAGUCUCGACAUCCCGCGGAAGCAUCAAGGCGAGACAUGUGAUUCAUACAACAAACGCCCACGCAGGACAACUGCUUCCUAAAGUCAGAGGAUCCCUCUGCGGUGCAAUUGCUCACAUGAGCGCUCAGCGUCCUGGCGCUUUAUUCCCAUCCUGCCACGGCAACCGUUCCUGGUCACCAAUUUACAAUCCAGGCUUUGACUACGUAUCCCAACAGCCAGAUAAGCCAGAUGGAACACCGGGUGAUCUCAUGAUAGGAGGAGGCUUCUUCCGAAGUCGACAAGAAGGUAUCGACCAAAUAGGGGUCUGGGACGAUAGCCAGACCCACGUUCUACCGCAGAUUCACAUCCGGGGCGUCAUGCCAAGUAUUUUUGAACCGCAAUGGGGAGAAGGAAGUUCCUUAGUCAAAGCGUGGACGGGAAUUAUCGGGUUCACAGGAGAUUUGAUGCCCUUUGUUGGAAGAGCUCCCAGUUCUGCUGCGAAGAAAGAUUCAGGGGAGUGGAUAGCUGCGGGAUUCAGUGGUGAGGGUAUGGUCUGGGCUUGGCUUUGCGGAACGGCUUUGGCGGUCAUGGUUCUUGGAAAGGAGGAUGAGAAACUGGAGGACGGCGUUGGAAGACCCGGAGGAAAGUUGAAGGAUUGGUUUCCUAAGGAGUUGUUGAGUGUUGAUGAUGCGAGGUUGAGGAGGGCGGAUAUAGCCAACAUGGCUGAUGCGAUGGAUGAUCUGUAG